AUGGACUCAUUACACCCGCCGCAGCAAAUGGCUGCUCAAAACAACUGCAGGGAAGACCCCAAUGGAAAUAAAAGCACAGAGGUCAAAGUGAGCCCUGCACACUCCGUUCUGGCUUUGAUUGAGGAGGAACCGGAGGAUGCAGACCCAUGGGACAUGCCAGAGCUAAAGGACACAGGGGUCCCUUGGUCAGCUCUGGAUACCAAUGGGAAGGUGUUGAGGGUGUUGGUGUCAGUGGGGAAGUUGAUCCUGCUGCUGGGUUUCCUUUACAUGUUCAUCUGCUCUCUUGACAUCCUCAGCUCAGCUUUCCAGCUUGUUGGAGGUAAAACUGCCGGUGACAUAUUUCAGGACAACACAGUUUUGUCCAACCCUCUAGCUGGUCUGGUCAUUGGUGUGCUUGUCACCCUGCUGGUCCAGAGCUCGUCCACUUCCUCCUCCAUAGUUGUCAGCAUGGUCUCCUCUGGACUGCUAACAGUCCAGGUGGCUGUUCCUAUCAUCAUGGGCACCAACAUCGGCACCUCUGUCACCAACACACUAGUCGCCAUGACGCAGGCUGCUGACCGCAGCACCUUUCGCAGGGCUUUUGCAGGCGCCACAGUGCACGACUUCUUCAACUGGCUCUCUGUGUUGGUGCUGCUGCCUCUUGAGGUUGCCACUGGUUAUAUGUAUGUAGUCACCAAGCUCAUCAUCGACUCCUUUAAAAUUCAGAGUGGAGAGGCCCCAGACCUGUUAAAUGUGAUCACUGAUGUCCUAACGGAGUCAAUUAUACAGUUGGAUGAGUCUGUUAUUACUGAGAUUGCCACCGGACAUCCAGAAGCCAGGAAUAAGAGUCUCAUCAAAAUAUGGUGCCAAACCUUCACAAACACAACCUUAAUGAAUGUUACAGUUCCUGGUCCAGAGAACUGCACAUCUCCUUCUCUCUGCUGGGUUGAUGGCAACUACACCUUCACACAGAAGAACAUUACUGAAACAUACAAUGUCCAGAAAUGUGAGCAUCUCUUUGUGGAUGUGAAUCUGCCAGACCUGGCAGUGGGUCUGAUCUUGCUGGCUCUCUCUUUGCUGGUGCUCUGCUCCUGCCUGAUCCUGAUCGUCAAGCUGCUCAACUCCAUGCUGAAGGGACAGGUGGCUGGAGUCAUCAAGAAGAUCCUUAACACUGAUUUCCCUUUUCCAUUUGGUUGGGUCACUGGUUACAUUGCCCUUUUAGUCGGAGCUGGAAUGACCUUCAUUGUGCAGAGCAGUUCUGUUUUCACUUCUGCUAUUACUCCACUUGUUGGUAUUGGUGUCAUCAGCAUAGAAAGAGCAUACCCAUUGUCUCUGGGUUCAAAUAUUGGCACAACAACCACAGCCAUCCUUGCAGCUAUGGCUAGUCCUGGAGACACACUGGCCAAUGCUCUACAGAUUGCCCUUGUGCACCUCAUGUUCAACGUCUCUGGCAUCAUCCUGUGGUAUCCAAUUCCCUUGACUCGCUUACCUAUCCGGUUGGCUAAAUCCAUGGGCAACAUCACCGCCUCCUACCGCUGGUUUGCUGCUGUCUACAUCAUCAGCUGCUUCUUCAUUUUACCUUUGUUCGUCUUCAGCCUGUCGCUGGCUGGCUGGCAGGUACUGGUAGGCGUGGCUGCACCUCUGGUCCUCAUGUUGAUCAUCAUCAUUGUGAUCAACAUCCUGCAGAAACGGAAACCCAGGUGCCUGCCUGCAGCACUGCGAUCCUGGGACUUCCUCCCUCUAUGGGCCCACUCUCUGGCUCCCUGGGACAAAGUGGUUGGUGUGAUUACUGCCAAAUGCUGUUGCUGCUGCAAAUGCUGCCAGGUUUCUGCUUAUGUUGAAGAACACCGUGAGAAAGCAUCCGUGGAGAAGAACAAGAAACCACACACAGAGGUUUAUGAUAACCCUGCAAUGAGUGCAGAGAAGGAGGUGGAAAAUGAGAUAAAGAUAGAGCUAAAGAUUCUGAAAAUGACCUAGCUUUGAGAUUAUAUAUACAUAUUAACAGUACACAUGUACAUAUAUAUAUGUGUGUGACUAUGUGUGAAUGAUGCAAAGAAAUGCACUGGUCAUGGCACAAAAACCAAACAAAUUUAGGCAAACUCUCUAAUUUCCAUAAUAUUCAUGUUAUUACUCAGAUCCUUUAGUCUGAGAUGGAGUAUUGUUUUUGAGAGAAUUUCAACUCUCAGCGUAUCAAGAGCCAGACAAAAAAAGUAACACAUGCAGGAAAGUGUUGGUCUUUCAGCUGUAUGGUGUUAACUGAUGUGGCCUUUAAAUAAUAAGACUGGCAAUAUUAUUAUUUUUUGUUAUUGUCAACAAAUCCCAUCGAUAUACCAAAACCAACAGUGCAUUUGUUCAUCUCUCAAUACUUUUUGACCUUCCAUACUCUGUCUUUGGCUUUCAACCUCAAGCCUUUUGAAGACAUAAAUCUUAAAACAAUUCAGUCCAGUUUUCAAUUUUUAGUUCACAAAUAUAUAAAAAAUAUAAUAUAGUUGCAUUUUUGAAAAGGCUUAGUAAUUUCUUAAAGCAUCUGGGCACUGUAGUUUUUAGCAAACAUUACAUUAAACAGAAGGAAAUGGUGCAUUUGCUGGGGACUAUUUUCAGCUGCCGGUUAAUACUGAGCAUUUCUGGCAGCAGGAUGAUGCAUGUGGGAUUGACAAAAAAGAAACGUUUGUUCAUGGUAAUGAAGGAACAUGUCACCCAGUGCAACGGUGUGGUUCAUUAAUGUGUUUUUAAUAGGCUAGUGUUUUAGCUAUGCUAGCAGCUUAGUUUGAUUCUCCCAUUUUAGCAAAUACUUAAAAGUUUUCUGAACUACUCAAUCCAUGAUUUUCAGUUUGUUGUUCAGUGUAAACGACAAAGAAUCAACAAUAAAUCGUGAUAUUUAUUUAAGGUGAUAUUGCCCGGCACUGCUAAUUAGCAAACGUUAGCAUGCUAACAUUUCAAAGUAAGAUCAUGAACAUUAACCUGAUAAACAUGAGUACAUUGGCAUUGUCAUUGUGAGCACGUUAACAUGCUAAUGUUAGCAUUUAUCUCGAGCACUUCUGUACAGAACUUGGUAAAAGGUCUAUGUCAUGGAGGAAUAAUCAGGCUUUGGCUACACUGUGAUUGCUUGUUAGUGGUAUCAAUGCUUCAUUGUGUAUAUUUGGUAUUUUCAUGGGAUUUAUGAACAAUAAGAAAAACAUAGUAUAUAUGUCUGGCAAUAUUCUAUUUGAUUUUUGAACAAACUGCCAUUUAGAUAACAUAAAAGGAUGAAUCAAAAUUUACAAUUUACCAAAUAUGGUUAAUUGUUAUCAAAUGGUGAGAAAAGUCCAUAACUGAUGUUCAUAACAAAGUACAUUACAAAGUAGAUCAAUGCAAACCUAUGGCAGCAUUUGGUCAUUUGGCUGUUAGGUUCUUUUAUAGGCCUUGUUGUUAAACUGUGAAAACUCCUGAGGAUGCUAUGGCCUUUGUGCACUGCAGUAGAUAAUGUAGUCAUUGUAGUCAGUCAUGAUCAGUUCUGCACAACACCUGCUUGGCAGAGUGCAGGUUUGAUUUGACAGACAGAUUUACUCAUGUUUCCACAUUUCAUCUUUUGUUUUUACAGAGAAAAAUCUUUUUUUAACUGUGUAUUAAAAACACAUUGACAUCAUCAACA